UAUUCUAGCCAUGUACUUACUGUACAGCCACAUCGCCCUGUCCGAGACAAACACCACUUUCGCUAUAAGCCAAGACAUUUGCAGCCUCGACGCGUAGUUUGGCUUCUUGUCCGUGUGGCGAUGACGUGGUUCUCGACGGCGCAAUCCGUCGGCUGCUCUUGUACUCGUUGGCGCAGCUUAUUACUCGGCUCGACGAGACUAUGCGCACCUGUUACGUCGAGACGGCCUCUGUACAGCUUCACCGUUCGCCUGUUUCUGCAGUCUGUAUCGUAUUCGUACGUUCGGCAAUGGCCGGCCGGAUCUGCAGAGCUGCGUUACGUUACCACCUCGAUUAGAUUCUGACACAAACGAUCGGUUCAGACAGGAACCACAAAAUGUGACACGAACCCGCUAAGCCCAUGCCAAGGGAC